AACAGGCAGCCCUGGCCUGCCACUGCCACCGGCUGAUGAGGGUCUGCCGUGCGGUGCCGUGCAGCCGCUGGACGUCCCGCGUAGCGUAUUCAGACAAGGGCUUACGCUUGUAAUUUCAGGACUCUUCUUUCCCUUCGACUUCUUAUAAACUGGUGCUGCCACUCUAUAGCUUCCUCCAUCCUUUGUUUCUAACGGUAUCAAGAAGCUAGAAAACCCUUGCUAAAUCUCUGCUAGGGCAUGGGGCUUUUUGACCACAAGUGCUUCGCUGUGCUGAUCCUCAUCGCUGUCUUCUGCUUUAGGUUAUUGUGUUUGGUGCAGUAAGCAUUAAUUAUUUCACAGGUGUGAAUGCAAGCCUUCGUUUUGGUAUUUGGUUUUUGAAGCUCUCCUGUUUCCAGCAGAGAGAAUUUAAAGGCAAAAUGCUGUGUACCAUUCCCAAGGGGAGGAGGGAAGAAAUGCAUGUGAAGUUUCUACCAAGAAUUCCUACAAAUCAAGUGGAUGAGCUACAUAACUUAUGUCACCAGCAUACUAUUGUUUGAACAAACUGUGGUUAUAGACUUGAUGUGCUUUCUCCCUAUUUAAUAUAGUGGUAUUUCAGCUAGUGCAACUGUCAAAACAGAUACCUGCCAAGGAUGACAUCGGUGAUCUUCCUAGAAACUAUUAAAGACUUCAAAGAAUUCAUUUUAGGCAAAAUUAAGUAAAAUAAGUUGUUCUGAUAACAUAAAAUGGAACCUUGUACAGUUGGAACUCAGCUUCAAGCUACCAAUGAAUGCCAUAAGACCUAUUACACCCGUCACACUGGCUUCAAGGCUAAGCAAGAUAUACCUUCAUCUGACCUACUGUUACUUCAGCUUAGAACAGGGAUAACCCUUUCAGAGAACAAUACAAUCUGCUUCCACCAUGCAAAAAUUUACAUUGAAAGAUUUGAAGAUUUACAAAAAUCAUGUUGUGAUCCCUUUAAUAUACACAGAAAACUAUCAAAGAAAAACUUAAGAGCAAUUGACUUAGAUGAUGCAGCUUUUCUAAGUGCCAAGUUUGGAAGACAGUUUGUACCUGGUUGGAAGCUUUGUCCCAAAUGUAUGCAGAUAAUAAACGGAAGCGUGGAUGUUGAAUCUGAAGAUCGCCAAAGAAGAAAACUUGAUUCAGAUGGGCGUACAGCUAAGGCUUUAAAGUCUCUACAGUUUACUAAUCCAGGACGACAGACUGAAUUCACUCCUGAGACCAGUAAGAGGGAAAAAAGAAGGCUGCAAACAAAAAAUACAUCAUUUAAUUCAGACAGGCAAGUUAUACCAUCUAAGAGUAAAGUCUACGAUAGCCAGGGGCUGCUGCUUUACAGUGGGAUGGACCUCUGUGACUGUCUCGAUGAAGAUUGCCUGGGAUGUUUCUAUGCUUGCCCCAAGUGUGGCUCCAACAAGUGUGGAGUUGAAUGUCGCUGUGACCGCAAGUGGCUGUAUGAGCAAAUUGAGAUAGAAGGAGGAGAAAUAAUUAAAAAUAAGCAUGUUGGUUAGUGUAUAUGCACAUUACACGCUUUGAUUAAACACAACACAUUCAUCAUUCAGUGGUUUAAUGAAAGCCAUUGGAACUUACCACAGUGUACUUAAUUAUAUGCUUUCAUGUUCAUUUUCAGUAUGAUUAUGGAAACAAACAUACUACUGUAUUUUCACACUUCAUUAUACCUUCUGUCUUGUUAGUCAUCCAGGUAAUUUCUCCUUGAACAGUCUUUCAUAGUAUGUAAGUGCAAGGUACAAAACUUUCAUGUAGUAUAUCCUGAGCCAUUUGCUAUCAUUUCAUACACUGCUUUGUAGAGUGUACCAUCUACAUGAAUCCCUCAUUUUUCCUUCUCUAGUAUGGUUUUGAAUCUGUUUAUGUGAGAGACUGAAAGUCCUCGGUGACUUACAUAUUGUAUUAUAAAGCUCUCUCCAGUAUCAAUAAUGAGUGCUCUAUCUUCUACAGAUUAUCCCAGCUACAUCUGAUAAAUUCAAUCUUGUUCACUUAAAUGGAUUCAGAAGCAUCUAGGAGUUCAGUUACUGGGAUUUAAGUUCAAGUUAUCCUUAUUAAUUCAAGCCUCACUGUUUAAGUGUUAUUAAACUGUCAAGGCAUUGAAAAAUACGUUAAUAAGUAGUUUUGUUGGUUUCUGUAUAACAAUUGAAAUACUUUUGCUGUAUUUGGUAUCAGUCUGUAAUUGGACUGGUACUUCUACAGCCCUCUCCCCUUUUUUUCUUGUUUUUAAGGUAAAGGUUUACAUGCAGCUGAAAUUAAUUUGAAUUUCUGUUCCCAAAUAAGAAUAUCCAGACUGCUACAAAAAAAAAUUGAAUUGAAAUUGUUUGGUUGAUGCAUUAUCCACCCUGAGAACAUUAAACUUUUACAAUAUAACAAGAUUUAUGGAAAAUAAAUUUUAUAAUUGAAAUACUAGUUAGAUUUAGUGUUAUUUCUUGGUCUUUUGGCUAAAUAUCCUAUUUCUAUGAUAGACUUUGAAGAUCUCUGUAUUUAUCAGGUCACAUUUAUUUGAAAAUAUUGUUAACUGUUAAUUUCUGAAGACUUAGUAAAGUUGUAUAAUCUUUGCUAUUGGUUUCUUUUCUUUUCUGUAUCAUGAAGGUUGUAUUGCUAAAAUCCAAAGCUGUGCUUUGGGUUGUACUGACCUCUGCUGGUCCUAGUGAAAUGUGAGCAUCAAUUUACACUACAUUUUAAUUAAAUCUGCUGUGAAAAUAUACAGACUUUCUCUUUUGGUCA